UGACAUUGACGUUUCGCAGUUAGGUUAUGUUGAUUUAAUUUGAAAAUUAUGAUACAAUAAUAUUAUAUUGUAUCGCAUUACGAGCAAUAAUUUACCCCUGCUAGUGUUACUUGGUAUAUUAAUUUCGUAUUUAAAAGUAAAUAAAUUUGUAACUGUAUAUUAUUAUUUUUUUCUGCUGCAAACUGCGUUGAUAUCAAGAUGUGGAGUGUGGCGCAGGCGUGCCGGUGCGCACCAAGCCGUCUGCUAGUGACCACCAGGAGUGGUUUCAACACCAGCGCUGUGUCCAGACAAUUGAUCACACCCGUCAGAUACAAUAAGUUAGGCGUAAAUAAUUAUAAGGGUUUAAGGCUAAAGGAACUAAUCAAAUCAAACGGCAUCGUAGCCCGACUAUGCUCAUCGUCACCAAAGCCAGAAAAGACAUCUAAAGUGGUUGGGUACUGGCUGCUGGGAUGCAGUGGGAUGGUGUUCACCGCUGUCGUGCUAGGUGGUGUGACGCGGCUGACGGAGUCCGGGCUGUCGAUGGUGACGUGGCGCCUGCUGGGCGAGAAGCUGCCCACCACCGAGGACGAGUGGGAGAGGGAGUUCGUCAAGUACCAGCAGUACCCCGAGUUCAAAUACAAGAACAUGAACAUGACUCUGUCAGAGUUCAAGUGGAUCUGGUGGAUGGAGUUCGCGCACCGCUCGUGGGGCCGCGCCAUCGGGGCCGCAGUGUUCCUGCCGGCCGCGUUCUUCUGGGCGAGGGGGUACCUCAACAAGGGGAUGAAAGUGCGCGUCGCCGUCUACUGCGCGCUCGUUGCUGCGCAGGGUCUCAUGGGCUGGUACAUGGUGAAAUCCGGCCUGGAAGACAGGUUCCAGGGCCCCUCCGAUGUGCCCCGCGUGUCACAGUACCGGCUGGCGGCGCACCUGUCUCUGGCCUUCAUCCUGUACGCGGGGCUGCUGGGCGGAGCCCUGCGGGUGCUACGCCCCUUCCCUGUGUCUGCGACGUACCAGAGGAUCAAGGCGCUGGCUAGUGUCACUGCUGUUGCGCAUACUGUUAAGGCUAUGGCGUUCUUCACUGCUAUUUCUGGAGCCUUCGUGGCCGGCCUCGACGCCGGUCUAGUGUACAACUCGUUCCCCAAGAUGGGCGACCACUGGGUCCCGGACGACAUACUGUCGCUGGCGCCCACUGUGCGCAACUUCACGGAGAACCCGACCACGGUGCAGUUCGACCACCGCGUGCUGGGCUCCACCACGCUGGCCGCCGCCAGCCUGCUGUGGCUGCUGGCGCGGAGGACGCCGCUGUCGCCGGCGGCCAGGAGGGUGGUCAACGCUGUGGGCGCUAUGGCCUGGCUGCAGGUGGCGCUGGGCAUAGCGACGCUGGUUCACUUCGUGCCCACGCCGCUGGCCGCGUCGCACCAGUCGGGCUCGCUCGUGCUGCUGUCGCUGGCGAUAUGGCUGACACACGAGAUCAAGCUCAUCAAGUAUAUACCCAAGUAGACCUUACCUCCAUCGAAUUUGUAUACAGCCUCCGCAAGCGGUUAUUAGACUAGCCAAUCCACCCAGCCCUACAGCUACAGCGGUUAUUACAUUUGCCAAUCCAUCCUGCCCGAUACGUCAAGGUUACGGGCUCGCGCGUCAUCAUCAUCAUCUCCUUAGCAUUAUCCCGUUAUUCACAGGGUCCGCUUAUUUAACCUAAAGAUUUGACAAGUCCAGUUUUUUACAGAAGCGACUGCAUGUCUCACCUUACAACCAGCGCAAUACGUUUUGUCACGAUGUUUUCCUUCACGGCUAAGCACGUCACGAGCAGAUCGUGGUUACCAUGGUUACACCAAUUUGCUAUUAGACUAUACGAUUCCGAUCGCAGAGCCCGUGACCUUGACGCAUCGGGCAGGAUUGGCAAAUGUAAUAACCGCUGUAACCUGCUGGCUGGAUAAAAGAACUAGUAGAACCGGUUUAUUUAUCACGUACGUUGCAUUCACAUAUCGCACGUGCUGCGAUAAAUGAGUCCACGCUAUUGGCGACGUGAUAUAUAACCUCAUUCCAUUGGUUCUUCACAGGGACAGAUAUUUAUUAGGCCAAUUCGCUAUACUUGAGGCAGGGUCAGUAUUUCUUGGUUCUCUCAGGAUAAUGCAUGUUGCUAGUCUGUCGUGCAGGCCGCGUAAGAGCGGCAAUACACGUCAAAAGCAAUAUUGCUAUUUAGUGUCCGACCGAAGUUUCGGUUUCGGCCAAAAUACGGGUUUCGGCUUAGUUUCGGUUUAGGCUGAAAUCCGGCCGAUAUGAAAAAGUGUUGAAUGAAUGAAUGUUGUUCAUGUAGUUCUGAAAUUAUUUUAAUAACAUUUUUAGGGAUACUGAAAAAAUACAUUUAAUAAGUAUUGUAUGGUGUAAGAUGAAAUGGAAUAUUUGUAACACUAAUGUUUUGGCAAUAGCCUGAUUAUUUCUUUAUUUUUUGUAUAUUUCUUCACAGGAAACACUAUUAUUUUCAUUGAGUACUGAUUAUAUAGGUUACAAUAAGCAGUAUUUAGUUAACAAUGUGGGUAAAAUGGCAUUUCAAUCAGGGGACUGUGCUUAACUUAAUAUUUAGUGCAUAAUGUUUGUGUUAUAAAGUACGCUUGUUAGAAAUGAAACACAAAAUAAAAUUGUUAUUCACAAA